AUGCCUCCUGAUAUUGCCCGAGCGGCAUCCCAAGCUACUCAAGUAGGCCCGCUUAGUCGUCCAGGGACGGCAGACCACAUGAGAUCGCGUUCGGAAACAGUCUUGUCUAAGGGUGGCCGUCGUCCGAGAUCCAGAGGCUCGACGGCCAGCAUCCAUUCAAGUACCACCCAACAAACCCAGGAUCAGCAUGUCAUCGAUGGAUAUUCACAGUUCAUGCAGGGCCAGCAGGCCACAGCUGGCCACCAUGUAUUCAGUAACAACCCCGAAGAGAUAAUCAUGAGGUUUGGCCAACAGCUGUCUCAUCCAACGGCCGGAGCGUCAACACUCGACCCGACCUUUCAAGACUCGCAUCAUAUGCCCAGACCAGAGGAUUUUCCAAACCACGCGAUUCACGGCCAUAGUAUGUCUCACCACUCACUGACCCCGGAUCUGACUGCCCACGGGUUGCCUGCCAUGCCGGUUCCCCAAUAUCCAACCAUGUAUGACAGCGGCAUAGAGAAUCAUGUUCCAGAGCACAUGCUCGAGGAGAACGAGAACUCAGAACCUGGAGCAAGGAAGCGAAAGGGCUCUAGUGCCACGCUAGCUAAUGACAAUGAGUUGCGAAGAUUGUUACGUCAAUACGAAGGGUACACUUUGAAACAAAUGGCUGCGGAAGUUUUGAAACAUGAGGGCGCCGGAGGGAAAUCAGAGAAAGUUAAGCAAGUUUUUGCCAUGAUUUGGUUGAGGGAAAACUGCAGAAAGAGUAGCGGUUCUGUCAGACGUGAUCGCGUGUACUGCUGCUACGCCGAGAAAUGUGGCACUGAACGUGUAUCAGUCUUGAAUCCCGCUUCCUUUGGCAAGCUUGUCCGCAUCAUAUUCCCGAACGUUCAGACAAGACGACUCGGCGUUCGAGGGGAGUCAAAGUAUCAUUAUGUAGAUCUGACCGUGAUAGAGGAAAAACAGGAGCAACCUUCAUCGCUUAACCCGCAGGCUCAUGCAAGUAGAAGCGUAUCUACUGGGCUUGCAGCAAAUAAACCUGACAGUCUAAGCUAUCAACGAAGCAUAUCCCAAUCCCCCCCACACAAGGAAGACUCUCCUACAGCUUCACCCCCUCCAGGAAUUUCAGCAGAUUUGGACUGCACCUGUCACUUAGGCCCCCGAGCAGGCAUUGACACUCCCAUCACUUUCGAAAAUGUGGCCAGUCAGUCCGGAUAUAUGGUCCAUCAGAUGCUCGAGUUCCCAUUUACCGACAGCCGGUCCGUUGAUAAUGAAUCCCUGGUGCUUCCGGAUAUCUGUCCAUACCUGCCACAAAAUGCGGACGUCAAGAUUGCAGCAGCAUUAGCUGCACUAUAUCGAUCUCACUGUAUCUCUGUCAUCGACAGUUUCCGGUAUUGCAAGGAGCGAAACCUCAUGAAAUACUUCAGUGCAUUUCAUGGAACGUUAACCGUUCCAGUGCAAAAGCUUCUCUCUUCGCCGACCGUAGCCCCUUGGAUUAAAGAAUGUGACUGGCUCAUGUACCAGAAGAUGAUCGCCUUCGUGGCGCCGUUGACCACCCAAGUGGUGCCGAAGCUCGUGUUGGAUGCUUUCAGUUCCAUUUCCCAGCGUCUAACCACGCACAUCGCGGAAACAUUUAAAUCCCAGCCCGCCCAUGUGUCGUUGGCAAGGCUGGUUCCUGCCCAUAUUUUCUGCAACCUCCUCAAACACAUGCUUGAUGUGAACCAAGCAGCCAACGCUGCUGCUGCUUGGCUGUGCCAUUCUGACAACAGGAACCAGAUGUGGUUCGACUUGAAAACACUGGUGGAUCCAAAGGAGAUGAUGCUUAGAGCGAACAUCCCACCCUGCGCUGGACGUGCAACUGAACGGAUUCUGAAGCACGAUAUUCGCGCGCUUCUUACCCCUCUGGUAGAGCCAAACCCUUCUGCAGGACGACCUUUCUUCAACCAGCCAGAUACCCUUGAAAACACAACAGCGGAAAAACUUCGCGUGGAAUCAUCCCCCGACGGUGAGGAAUACAACUUCCCGGAUAAAUGGAUACAGUUUAUCUUAAACCUUCCGGCGAUGUUUCCUCAACAUCGCACGCAAUGCAUUAUUGAGAAGGUGAACGCCCUGUGGGAUUGUAUCCUGCGUCGACUCACCCUAGGGGGCGCCCAAAGUUUUAGUGCAUGGUGGAUGACCAAGGUCUUCUUCCAUGAAAUGAUGCUAUGGCAAGCCGAGAAAGGUGGUUUCAUGAAAAACACUCCGAGCUCGUUAGAAAAAUCACAAGAGGCGGUCUUGGGUACGUCAAAUGGGACGGAAUCGAACGAUUCUCUCGAAAAGAACUUUGGCGACGCUGGCCCUACAGCUAACGAGUCGUUCAUGAGCACUGAUACGCAGCAUAAUGACUCGAAUCUCAGGCCAGAAAAUUGUUCCCCUGAACGAGAUAACAACGUGCAAGAUCGAAAACCCGAGCAGGUGUUACUCCAGGGAGAGUUGAAUCGCGGACCCUCGACAAAUGACAAGCCCACCAAUAGCUCGGAAAAUAUUGCAACCAUCCAUACCUCGAAUAAUGAUGAUAGCGCGAUUGACCUUGACGACGAUUCUAUGUUAAUGUCCGUGGGUAAAUACGGUGAUAUGAUGGCAUCGGACCCGGCAGAUGCUGAAGGAGAUGUUGUCGUUAUAUAA